AUGGGCGCUCAAGAAUCAAAACUUUGCUUUCGGCGGGCCGUUCUCAGGCUUUAUGAGGAACGGUUUUGGCGAUUUUCAAACACAGCCAAGGAUGUAUUUAAUUUGUUGCCGCUUAAGGACAUACGGAAAACAAGAGAUCUAGCUUUUGAAAACCUGCAGACACUAAUCAUUCUUCUGUGUCAUAGGAUUAUUGCUUGCUCUAGUGAUCCCAAUUUGGUCGAACCUUCAAAUGUUCUUGUUACUCAAUUACUUAACGCCGUGCGCAUAUUAACGCGUGUUCUCCCGGUUGUUUUCGAAACCGAAAUUGGUAGCUCCUGGAUCGAAAGCGUUUUCUGGACUAUAAAUGAUAAGAACAAGAGGGCUCUGGGCGAACAGGUCAUGGAUUCGUUGUUAUAUCUACUAUUUUACGUUGGUUUUACCAUUCCGGCUGUCGAUUACAAAAGUAAAGGUGUUCAAUUGUGCAUAUGGGAAACAGGUGUUGGUUGCAAUACACUGUUAACAUCCAAGCACAGCUAUGAGCAAAACAAAAUUGAGAUUCUGCUGCUUUUGCUUGUUCUGUUUUCCGAGACCAUGUAUCGUGAGCGCUCACACAGCAGCAGCUAUCUGGCAUAUGUUAUAUCUCACAACAACAGUGAUUUGUCACUAUCUUUGUUGUGCUCACUGCUAAACACGGCCAUGCAAUUUAACACCUCUUUCUGGAAACCUCGUUCCGUCAUGUCUGCUCAUCUGGCUACCCAUGCGACCCUUGUUGAAUUAUGCUUCACCGUAUUUCUCACUCUCAUCACAGAUCCGGUUAUUGGCAGUUCCAGUCGGUUUCUUGAGUUCGCAAGAACGAGAAACAUAGCACUUAAUAACUUUUUCUCCAAGUCGAUUUCACAGCUUCAUAGGAAGUCUGAUUUCCAGUUUAUAUUGGAUGGGUUUAGUCGUUUGCUUUACUCCCCUAUACACUUUGAAAAACCGAAUGUGGUUGGCGUUGUCAUGUAUGAUUAUUAUCCUCUCACCCUUAAUUUGUGCAAACAGAUGCUGCAUUACAACACCCGUUUCUUUCACUAUCUCGUUGACACUGGUCGUGCCUUGGAUCUCUUUGUUUUUAUUUUAUAUCUCAGUUUCGAGUAUCUUUCGGAAGCAUCUACGUUUGAUCACUUGAAGAUAUGUCUCAUUAUUUUACGCAGAUUAACGACCAGUAAACAGUUCUGUGAAAAACUGAAUAUUCCCUUUGAGCAAUUGAGCAGUCUGCCGACAAACCGCCGUGUUCCCUUUAGCAAGGGUUCAUAUGCAGAUUUCUCAGUGACUGCAAUGACUUCUAUUAUAACUGCAUGCAAAGAUUAUCAAUCGGAAGCCGUUCUUUUGUUAACUGAGACGCUCUCUUAUCUUGUGAAGUACGUUGACAACAUCACGAUUGCUUCCAGUAGGCGUCUUGUGAAACUAUUUGUUAAUGUCAGCGAUCUGGGUUUUUUGCUUGCGAAUCCAACCAACUUUAAAAGUACCAAAAACGUUUACAAGAUAUUUGGUAAUCUCUUACGACGACGAUUUUCUCAGAACCCGAAAUUUGUCUAUACCGUUCUCCGUGCUCAUGAAACGCUUUGCAGUACCAUUCCUGCAAACUUCAGUCGUGCGAAAGAGAUCGUCACUCAAAACCAACCUGAUAUGUCUGUUUAUUUAUCAUCCUCUAACAAAACCUACACAAAACACAUAUUCGAAAGAGCACUACUUGAUGAAAAGUUAAACGCUGAAAAACGACAAAAUGGGUACAGCACGCGUGAUCGCCGCCACAGGCGAAUCGAAAAGUUGUACCGAGAUGUUGAUCAUUCCUCGUUAGAAAGCUCUGUUUCUGUAACACAUCCCGAGGAAAAACCGUUUCGUCAGGGAAAGGAUUCUGAGACACAGAAUGAGCAAUUCUUUACUCGUGCGGCUCCUCUUUCGCAAAGUAAUAUUGACUACAAUACGGAUGUGAAUGGGGAAAGCAAGUUGUUAGACUCCAUCGUUCCGCAUGCAUACGAUCACACAUUUACGCCUACGAAACAGUGGUACGAGGAAUGGCGCCAUCAGUUGGACAUUGAGCCGUUCACCAGGCUCGUCGAGCUUGUGUUUCCGGAUGUUGUUCGGAUGCGUUCUGAAGGAUUUAGUUCACAACAAAUCUUCCAGGCUCUAUCAAACUGCGAGUUGUAUGACGAUCAACCCGCAGAGCCGCCUUCCUUCGAGACGAGUACCUGGCGGGACGAGCUGGCUCACUUUUCCAAACUGCUUACAUGGAGCACUGCAUAUGAUCUUGACCGACGCAAUCAUAAUGGGAUGGGUAUAUGGACAAACACAGAAGUGCGACUACUGAAGUUUCUCAAGCGUCUGUAG